GGUACACAUCACAACUUUCUUCGUUUAUACUUUCUCCCUUUAAAUUAUUUUACACUUAUUUAAACAAUAAUACUUCGUUUAAACAUUACAUAGCUAUUUUUCUUCUUUGUUGUUUAUUUUUAUUCGUAGUUGUAAUUCUUACCUAGUGCAGCGCUGCAAUCUGUUUCUGUUUGAAUGAUAAUGUAGAACGUGAUAAAAUGUUCAUUAUUCGUUAAAUCUAUAAUAUACUUAAUGUAUGGUACAAUUUAUUCAGUUUAUUCGCAUAUAGGUACGGAAGUAACAGGAAUAUAAUCAAGUUGUGUUGUUUGCUUGUUAUUUACGUGUGUGCACAGAAAUUUCGCAUUGGUUAAUCACACAUCUGUCAAUUGAAAAACUCACUUUUUCAAUUAAAUAUUUAAAUAAUCAAGAUAUUAAUAUUUGCAAAACGAUGCGUCAAUUAAAAGGUAAAACAAAAGAAACAAAUAAGCAAAAGAAGGAACGCAAAAAGGAAUUUCUUGAAAACAAGCAACGAGUUUUCACAGUCGUUCUACCUACAAUAGCUGCAAUAUUUGUAAUGAUAGCUGCAUAUGUUUAUGUUAAAACUCCUAAAGGAACCAAAUAUGUAACAUAUGGUUCAGUUAUUAAAUUAAUGAACGUUGAUUUCAAUGUAAGAUUACAUUCUCAUGACAUCAGGUAUGGAAGUGGUAGUGGACAACAAUCGGUGACAGGUAUUGAAGUUAAAGAGGAUGGUAAUUCGUACUGGCUUGUAAAAGCAGAAUAUAAAAAACAAUAUAUUCGUGGGAAGCCAAUUAAAUGCAAUGACAUAAUUAGAUUGGAACAUGUAGCAACAAAAAAGAAUUUACAUUCGCAUUUGGUUACUUCUCCAUUGAGCGGUAAACAGGAAAUAUCUGCCUUUGGGGAUUUCAGAAGACCAAGCGAUAGCGGAGACAAUUGGCAAAUAGUAUGUCAAACUGAUUUUUGGGAGAGGAAUGAUACUGUCAUGUUGAAGCAUGUUGAUACAAAUGCGUAUUUAUCCAUUAGUGGAAGAUCGUAUACCCAUCUUGUUGGUCAAAUGGAAGUGAUCGGUGAUUAUUCUUAUAAUAGUCAACAUUUACAAUGGAAAACUAUGGAAGGCUUAUUCGUACAUCCAGCUGAUUUUAAAGCACAUCAUUUCGAACACACAGAAUUAUAAAUAUUCAUCUUGUAGAAAUAAUUGUUUCAAGUAAGUAAAGAAAUCUAUUUAUUAUGUCAAUUUAUGAUGUGAAAUACUUCUAGAAUAAGCGACAGAUACUACUCAUUGUCUUGCGCAUAGAUUUAUUACAAAACAAAUGGAAAAAAAAAAA